AUGUCGUCAGCUUCUGUGGACGCUAUGCCAGUGUGCCGGGACGGACUGGCUCUUGAGGCCAUCUCGGACGCUGUCGACACUGUCAACAUCCUUAAGGGAAUCUCUGCUAAGAAUGAAGAGAUUGAUUAUGACGCCGAGUCUCGAUUCGAUGCCGGAAAGGACAAGUCAACAUUCCGCCGGUACAACGAAGCCUGCGAGAGAGUCAAAAACUUUUACGCUGAACAACAUGCGAAGCAGACGUUGGCCCACAACCUGAACGCCCGUGAGCGCUUCUAUUCGCCAUCAAGAAAGAGGCCAGAGAUGAGCGUUUGGGAAGCCAUCGAAAUGCUCAACGCUCUGACCGACAACAGCGACCCAGACACGGAGAUGACGCAGAUUCAGCACGCCUUACAGACUGCCGAGGCCAUCCGCCGAGAUGGCAAACCGCGUUGGAUGCAGCUUACAGGCUUGAUUCAUGAUUUGGGCAAAUUGAUGCUUUUCUUGGAUGGCUGCUCUGAGGGCCAGUGGGAUGUGGUGGGUGACACGUUUCCCGUUGGCUGUCGGUUCGACGAGCGGUGCAUCUACCCCGAGCUGUUUAAAGCCAAUCCGGACUCGCAGCACCCUGUCUACAGCACAAAGUACGGCAUCUACGAGCCAGGGUGUGGCCUCGACAAGCUGAUCAUGAGCUGGGGCCAUGAUGAGUAUCUCUACCUCGUGGUGAAGGACCAGAGUACCUUACCACGUGAGGCACUGGCCAUGAUUCGCUUCCACUCGUUCUAUCCGUGGCAUAGGGAAGGCGCGUACCGUGAGUUUAUGGCUGAAGGAGACGAGGAGCUUUUGAGAGCAGUCCGUGCCUUUAACCCUUAUGACCUGUAUAGCAAGACUGAUGAUGUUAAGAACGUCGAAGAGCUCAAGCCAUACUAUCUGGAGCUUAUUGAUGAGUUCUUUCCCCAGAAAAUCAUCAAGUGGUUUAUCUCUCCUGACCAGAGCCCAAACCCUCUAAAGUUUCGUUAA